UUGCACUACUCUACUAAUUACAUAAGCAAAAUUAUCUCCCAACAAAUCAGAAUCAGAGAGAAAAAAAGAGGAAAAAGAAAAAAAAAAAAAAAAGCCGACCAAAAUCUUGCAAGAAUCCAUGGAAAAAACAUCAUCGGAAUCAACCAAUCACAGCUCACCCCUUUACGCAGAGCUCAAAACCCAAUGGCGAAUCACAAUCCCUCUAAUCGCAAUGAACUUCACGUGGUUCGCCAAACUCGCCAUCACCACCGCCUUCCUCGGCCGCCUUGGCCCGCUGCCCCUCGCCGGAGGCACCCUCGGCUUCACCUUCGCCAACGUCACCGGAUUCUCCGUCCUCAACGGCCUCUGCGCCGCCAUGGAGCCCAUCUGCGGCCAGGCAUUUGGCGCCAAAAACUACAAGCUCCUCCACAAAACACUGGUUAUGGCCACCUCUCUCCUCCUCUUGGCAUCGAUCCCCAUCGCCUUUCUCUGGCUCAACGUUGAAAAGAUUCUCGUAAGCUUCGGCCAACAGAGAGAUAUAUCGAUCGUGGCCAAGAAUUAUUUAAUCUAUUUCAUGCCGGAUUUAGUUGUGACCUCGUUUCUAUGCCCCCUCAAAGCUUACUUGAGCACGCAGAACGUAACUCUCCCGAUCAUGUUCGCCUCCACCAUGGCGGUGGCUCUACACAUUCCGGCGAACUUGUUUCUCUCUAGGGCGAAAGGGCUCGAAGGAAUUGCAAUGGCCGUGUGGAUAACCGAUUUCGCGGUGGUUGUAGUGCUCGGAUUGUACGUUUUAGUGGUGGAGAAAAGGAAAGGGGGUUGUUGGAAGGAAGGGGGGUGGUGGGCCCAAGAUAGAUCCGAUUGGAUAAAUCUUCUCAAGCUAAGCGGGCCGUGUUGUGUCACCACUUGCCUCGAGUGGUGGUGCUACGAGAUACUAGUCCUCCUGACCGGCCGCCUCCGGAACCCUAAACGGGCCGUCGGAACCCUAGCCAUCGUUUUGAACUUCGACUACUUGCUCUACUCCGUCAUGCUGUCGUUGGCCACGUGCGCGUCAGUGCGCGUGUCCAACGAGCUGGGCGCGGCCCGGCCCGAAUUGGCGGCCGGGUCGGCCCGUUUCUCGCUCGGUUGUGGCGGGUUGAUGGGCCUUGCGGGCGGGGCGGUGAUGGUUGGGUCGAGAGGGGUGUGGGGGCCGUUGUAUAGCCGUGACGCUGGGAUUGUUGGGAGCAUAGUGAGGGGGACGGCGAGGCCGUGGGUCGGGAUGUAUGCUAACAUGAUUGGGUUCUAUUUGUUGGCUUUGCCUUUGGGUGUGGUUUUGGGGUUCAAAUUAGGUAUGGGGAUUGAGGGUUUGUUGUUAGGGUUUUUGGGUGGAGUUGUGGUUUGUUUGGUGAUUGUUUUGGUGUUUGUUUUGAGGAUUAAUUGGAGUGAUGAAUCUCACAAGGCUAAAUUAUUCACCAACUCUUCUUCUAAGGAAGAGGAAGAAGAAGUUGUUAGUGAAAAAGAUCACAACAAGUUCAAUCCAUUAAUGAUUGUAUUAUGAGAUAAGUUCUUGAUUUUUGUUUGAAUUGUAUUUUUUUUAUGCAUAUAGUUAGUUUCAUACUUCUCUAUUUCACAUUGAUUGAUAUUAAUGUUACAAUUUUUAUU